AUUACAUAAUGUGGUAAUGUCCCAAUGGACAUUAACUUGAUCAUCGUCUAUACCGACUAUCCUGUAAACAGGAUCAUGGGAGGAACCAGGACCCUACACAAGGAGACUUACUGUAGGGCACGAGGCAGGGUACACCCUGGAUGGGGUGCCAAUCCGUUGCAGGGCACACACACACGGUCAUUCACACACUGCGCAAAUUGGGAACACCAAUUACCGAAAACCAAACAAGCAUGCAGAGAACAUGCAAACACACAAAAGAGACGUGGGAAUUGAACCCGGAUGUGCAAGGUGACAGUGCUAACUAUUAAGCCGCAUUACUUUGAAGAGUUAUUUGCAGCCAUGCCCUAUACAUACCUGAUAACAGGAGUAUUCCGGAACACCAGGAGAAUAUAUUCAUGGCUGGUCAUUCCACAUACCAUCAAGUCAGUCAGGAUGGAAUUUGGACACUACAUCCAUUAGUCAUUCAUGGUUUUUCUUGUGUCUCCUCAUGCUUAAUCUCCUCUAUGUUCAACACCAGGUGAAGUGCUGAAAGUAAAAAGUAAGGCUGCGGUUCGGUUUUUACCACUAGGGGGCAGUCACAUUGCUUCUCUUGUAUGAAAGGUACUGAGAAUAUUGUGUGGAAGGUCAACUCGCCUCCACGCCUGCUGAUAGUCGUACUGUAUGUCCGCUGGAACAGAGGACUAAUGACUUGUUGAAUGGCAGUGUUCAGCGCUGCUUUGCUUAGUUACACUUGCGUGUCAAUCAACAAUUCUAACUAUGGCACUGAGGCUGCUGAGGGCUAGUCACACACACACACGCUGGUGACUCCUGUAUGCAGCACAAGUUUUUAAUUUGUGGAACAGAAGUUUUACGGGUUUUGUGGUAAGUUAUGAAGCGCCUGGUUGUUGUUCAGCGUUAUAAACGCUACUGUAGUUAGCUAAUUAUCUCAAUAUUGCCUCUGUCUGACAGGAGCCGGUUUAAGUCUCGUGCGUCAGUCUUAAAACGCAGCUGUUAAUUAGAUUUUGUACUUCGUGUUGUUGUUGUUUUUGUUUUUUUGUGGUGUUUAGAAUUGAGGAAACUGCAGGUUGGAAAGGGGAAGUCAUGGCAGCAGACAUGUUACUAAUGAGAAGACUGACCAGACUGAGGCGAGUGGUAUAUCAGAGUCACAUUGUCAGUGUUCAGAGGAGAGAACUCGCUAUUGUCGCCCAAAACCAUCAGGAGUACAGAUGCACCGAGAGAACUGUUUCAGAUAGAGGUGUUUUAAAACUACUCUACAGUUUUCCUCACAUUGGCACAGGACUGAAUAGUGCUGAGUAUGUCAGAACUUUUUAUGCUUUGAAUGCACUGAAGCACGAUGGAGGGUGCCAUAGAGCGGUCAACAAUUAUAGCCACAAAUGUGUGGGGAAAACCAGAUGCAAGUUAUUUCAAGGGCCUUCACAAGCACAACUGCCUGGCUACAGACAGACCUGUUCAUUCCAUCAAGAUCACUGGCGGUGGAGUGAAGACAAAAAAGAUGGACCUGAUGCUUCCAAGAAGCACAAGCAAACGCUCAGCGAGAGUUCUCGUGAGCGAAAAGUACCAGUUACAAGGCUGGGACGUUUGGCAAAUUUUGGCGGCUUGGCGGUUGGACUGGGAUUGGGAGCUAUAGCAGAAGUGGCAAAGAAGACCCUUAGAUCAGAUGAGGAUAAAGGAAAUAAAAAAGCUGUCCUUGAUUCAAACCCAUUUGUCUCUGAGGCUAAUGCGGAACGAAUUGUUCGGACUCUAUGUAAAGUCAGAGGAGCUGCUCUUAAACUUGGGCAAAUGCUUAGCAUACAAGACGAUGCUUUCAUCAAUCCUCAGCUGGCGAAGAUCUUUGACCGUGUUCGACAGAGUGCCGACUUCAUGCCCACCAAACAAAUGAUGAAAGUAGUGACCAAUGACAUGGGCCCAGACUGGCGUGAUAAAUUGGAGUUCUUUGAAGAGAAGCCUUUCGCUGCUGCUUCAAUUGGUCAGGUACACCUGGCUAGGAUGAAGGAUGGCAGAGAGGUGGCUAUGAAGAUCCAGUACCCUGGAGUGGCCAAAAGCAUCAGCAGUGAUGUCAACAACCUAAUGGCUGUCCUCAGUAUGAGUAAUGCAUUACCUGAAGGUCUGUUUCCAGAGCACUUAAUAGAAGUCAUGAGCAGGGAACUUGCUCUAGAAUGUGAUUACGUGAGGGAAGCCAAAUGUGCCCAAAAAUUCCAAGGGUUAUUGAGGGGUCACCCUUUCUUCUAUGUACCAAAUGUAGUGGAUGAACUAAGCAGUCAGCAUGUCCUCACUACAGAACUAGUUUCAGGUUUCCCUUUGGAUAAAGCUGAUGACCUGCCACAGGAACUCAAGAAUGAGAUCUGUGAGCAGAUUUUAAUUCUUUGUUUGAGAGAGCUCUUUGAGUUCAGAUACAUGCAGACUGAUCCAAAUUGGUCUAAUUUCUUCUUUGAUCCUCAAAAGCACAAGGUUGCACUGUUGGAUUUUGGAGCCACAAGGGGUUUUGAUGCAAGUUUUACAGACGCAUAUAUUGAGCUCAUCAAGGCUGCUGCAGACAGAAACAGAGAAGGGGUUUUACAACGAUCAAUUGAUAUGAAAUUCCUGACAGGAUAUGAGUCAAAGGCCAUGAUGAAUGCCCAUGUGGAUGCAGUGAUGAUCCUCGGGGAGGCGUUUGCAUCAGAUGAGCCUUUUGACUUUGGCAGUCAGAGUACAACUGAGCGAAUCCACACCCUCAUCCCUGUCAUGUUAAAGCAGCGACUCACCCCUCCUCCAGAAGAGACCUACUCUCUGCACCGCAAAAUGGGAGGAUCGUUUCUUAUCUGUUCCCGCCUCAAAGCCAAACUGAGCUGUAAGAACAUGUUUCAGAAGGCCUAUGCCAAAUAUUGGCAAGAUCGACAACUACAAACUGCCCAGUAAGCAGUUUUAUAUGGAACUCAUAAGGAAGUGUGGAAGAUCAGGCUACAACUAGGGUCCUAAAAAGCAAGCAACUUUGUUGUAUUCCUAAAUGUCCACUUAUGCCUUUUUACUUACAUUUGUAGGGCAGAAGAGAUUUAAAGGAUGUUGUCUAAAAAUUAUUUUGAACAUUUAUACCUUUUUAUGUAAAGAUAUGAUGUGAGUAUUGUAGGCUAUUAAUGAAAUGUAUUGAAAGAGACUCUUUAGAAAAGAUAUGGUGAUUUGUGCAUCUUCAGUAAAUUACUGUCUUAAUGUCUCCUAACUGGCAUGAAGUAAACGGAUGGAUUUGCAGAAACUAUUAACUAAAGAUUUUGUUCCAUGAUAUGAUAUAUAAGAUCAAUACUAAUAUGCCAAUAUUGCAUUUGAUAGUUAUCAUCACAUAUGAAAGGCACUCUUGCAUAUGCAGUAUUUGGCCACUCCUUACAGCAUUCAUACCACAGCACCUACAACAGGGACAUGGGAGGGUCAACAAUUCUUAUACACAUGUUGAAAAGUGUGUCAUUAUUGAUACGGAUAGAUGUUUAUCAUCGUAUAGGAGUCCCCAGCUUGGAACAGGUGUAAGUUGUCCUUUAAGAAAAAAUCUCCAGAAUAGAGCAGUUAUUGAUAUUUUGCAAGAUGCAAGAUUUUUAUCUUAAUUUCAAGAGCCAAAAUAAAAGAAAAAAAAGGUUGGUGUGAGAAGAACUGUAACUACAGUAUAAAGAUGUCAUAUGUAUCAUCCAUCAUUCUUUAUUUAAUACAAAUGGUUGCCAUUGGAUAACUGCUAUGGAAUAAGAGGAAUAAAACAACACCAAAGAUAAUCAGCUUUGGAAUGAUAAUCUUAUUUUGAGUCUUUAUUUGUUCUGGAAGAAAAAUUUUGUUUUUUAGACACACAUUAUAGCAACAAAGAAAAGAAAGUGAUCAUAAGUGACAAUAAGACAGCAGGCUAACAACACAUCAGCUAAAAACACCCCUGAAUGGCAGCUUCCAUGUGCUAAUACUGUAGAUGCCAUGUUGUGGAGAGAAGUUUCCCCUAAUAUACAUGAUAGUUAUCGGCAUUCACAAAAAAAUAAUAAUAAAAACUCUGUACAAACUAA